AUGGGUCUCGGCAUCCUCUCUGACCAUGCGCUCGAACAGGUCCCUGGGACCGCGCAGGUAUUGGAAGGCGAGCAGCGGAGGGAAAUCGAAAGAAAUGCAGGAACUAUCAUAGGGAGGUCAGGCUUGAAGUACGACAAAACUGGGACAAUACUGCUUGUUCCGCAGCCGAGUGAUGAUCCGAAUGAUCCGCUUAACUGGUCGCUUCGUCGUCGCGACAUCAUUCUCCUUCUUCUAUCCUCCAUAUCAGUCAUCGCAAGCACCCUCUCUCCCAUUCUUGCCGCCAAUACUGUCUCCCUCGCCAUUUACUUUGGUCACAACCUAACCGACAUGGCUCUAUUGACCGGCUACCACCUCUUGGGUGUCGGAGUCGCAGGCUUUCUUUUCGUGCCAUCAGCGCGUAUCUGGGGAAAACGACAUGUGUACAUUCUAGGAACUGUGAUAGUCGUGGUGAGUUGUGCGUGGGGUGGCGCGAUAGGAAACAAUUAUGCUGGGUUUCUAUGGGCGAGGGUGUUUCAAGGCGUGGGCCUAGCGCCAUUCGAAGCGCUCGUCAAUGCCAGUGUUGGCGAUAUGUAUCACGUCCACGAGCGCGGAGUCCGUAUGGCGCUGUCAAACUUCGCCGUCUUUGGAGGCGCGUUCCUUACCCCAGUUUUGGUAGGAGUGAUUGCAGAUUCAAUCGGAUAUCAGUGGACAUUCUAUUUUGUCGCCAUAUUCUCGGGGAUCAUGCUACCGCUGAUCAUACUCUUCUGCCCGGAAACGGCGUUCAGGAGGGAAGAGAAAUUUGACACCGACACUAUGGGGAACUUACUGGUUAAGGAUGGAGAAGAGAUGAAAAUCCUGGGUAAUAGGGGGUCGAGUAGCACAUCUGCUGAACACGAAGCAGCUGGAAACACGGAUGAAAAAGGAGCUGGAAACUCUGCGGACCAACGUUCGGUGGGCGAUUCGCCACGCAAGGUUACUUUUCUCGAAAGUAUGAAGCCGUUCAAUGGGCGGAAAACAGAUGACCGGUAUCUGCACCUCCUUCUGCGGCCGUUCUCGCUGUUCUUGCAUCCGGGUAUACUGUGGGCCUGUCUCAUCCAAGGCAGUCUAAUCGGUUUCACGGUCCUUAUCGGUGUUGUGCUUGCAGCAAUUAUGCUUGGCCCACCGCUUUGGUUUGGAGAGAAGGAGACAGGAUACAUGUAUACAGGCGCCUUCAUCGGUGCACUCCUCGGCUUCGCCCUCACCGGUCUGAUUAGCGACUGGUCCGCCAAUCUGCUCACACGUCUCAAUAACGGCGUCUACGAACCCGAGUUCCGCAUGGUGCUCGUGAUCCCACAACUCAUAUUAGGUUGUGCUGGUAUCUACGGCUUCGGCUGGACCAGCGCAGAUACGGCGAAGUACGGCUGGUUUUGGCCAGAUUUCUUCUUCGCGCUCGUAGUUAUGGGUAUGGUGUGUGGUGCUGUCGCCAGUGCGCUAUACAUUGUCGAUGCGCAUCGCGGCAUGUCCAUCGAAGCUUUCACGUGCCUCCUCGUUUUCAAGAACGUGUUCUCCUUCGCCCUGACGUUUAAAGGCUUCGACUGGGUCGUUGAAGCUGGACGGCGGAGUGGGGUAGGUGGUGGUGGGGGAAUCAAGACCCUGUUUAUCGCCGUCGGGAGUGCGCAGGUCGCUGUUUGUGCGUUGACGAUUCCGAUGUAUAUCCUCGGCAAGAAGAACCGGAGUUUCUUCCACCGCCACAAUGUUUUCUUUGCGGUAACGGAUUGGGUGGCGGAUAAACUGACAUUUUGGUAG